CCCCCACUACUAGAAUAUUGAAAAGAAAAACUGUGAAAGGAGUUCAGUGUUUUCAAGUUGAGUGGUGUAAAACAGGUACUGAAGAUCAUCUGCCUGAUGAUUACUUGUAUGUUACUGUGGAACCUGAAAUUCUCUUCUCCACAGCAUAUUCCAGUAUUACAGAGAAAUUUCUCACAGAAGAACUGGAAAAGAAAGAAAGACUUAUAAAGGUAAAACUAGGAAAAAACCCUCAGUGGAAGACAAGGAAGAGAAUGUAGUCUCAGUUGCCUGUGGGGGAGAAGAACCCAGGAUGCGAAGAUAUCCGAAAAGGAGAUCUAAAGAAAAAGAAUCCAAGAACACCACCCACCCAAAAAACCAGGUGGGUGUAAACACAAACAGAUGUAAUAGUGAUGUAGAUCUUCAUCAAAAUGUAUUAGCUCACCAUUUACUUUUUGACUCCACCACAAACACACUGUCACCCGAGAGUCUUCCCCUUUCUCAGCGAAUGAAACUUAAAGAAAAUUGUAAGACUAGUGUACCUAAUCUGAAAGAUUCAAGUAGUAAUGAUAAUCUCCAGAAAAAUAAUGAGGGGGAAAAAUCACCUUUACCACACAAUAUCAAAAGAACCAAAGAGUUCCAACCAUCAUCCAACCAAAAUGAAAGAGAAAAGGGCAACCAUAAAGAGUUUAGUGAUCUGUGUGUUGAUUCAGAGGGAAGACUGACUAUAAAUAUGAUAGUUAGAGAUGAUCAACUUAAAUCAGCUAACUUGAACACAGAUACAGAGAGCCAACAACUGUUUAUUCACACUUUCAGAAACAUUCCCCAAAAUGAUAAUUUAGAAAGAGAAUUGUGUAAUACUCCAACUAGUAGUUUUUUUACUGGAAAGAGAAACAACUUUGACCUAAGUGAACUUAAGACAGUAGAUGAAAUUUCCAAUGUUGUGCAUCUAGAAGACAAAAGCCUUGUAAGUAUGAUAGAAGAUGGUGAUAACUCAGAAGACCUGUUCCCUACUUUAGAUCUAUCAGCUUUGGAGGAGGAAUUGUCUCACUUGUCUAUAGACAAGAGACUAGGAAAGACAAAUCAUCCUGGGUUUGAGAAAUGUGAAAGGAAAAAUCAAAAGAGUGUAAAUUCAAAAUGUCAACCAAACAAAACUUCUUGUGAUUCAGUGAUAGUUAUCAGCUCUGAUGAAGACGAUGGUGGUUUAUUUAAUGCUGUUACUGAACUCUCAUCUAAACAGACUGAAACUGCUAGGAAGAAAAACUCUUAUCAUUGCACUCCAAGUGGCAGCAGUUCUGAAAGACUGGUUACAGCAAGUAGCACCGAUAACACUUUAUUAUCACCAGAACCAAGUCCCCUUCCAUUAAAGCAUAGAAUUCACUUCAAGCUGAGACAGAACACAUUAUAACCUGUGUAUAAAGUAUAAAAUUCUUACAUAAAGCCAAACUUUGAAUUUGUUACAACAGUGGGCUGAAUGUUAAGAACAUUCUUUGCUUCAAUCAUAGAAAUUUUCUUAAUACUUUUUUUUAUGUAACUACAAAUAUAACUAAAUACACACACUGAAUAUGAAAAUAAUUACCUGAAAUGGAUAAAAAUCAGUUGCAUGUCCAGCUGAUAAAAAACAAUAACUUAAAUUAUGAAUAUGUGUGUGUGUAAAAACUACCACUUUGAAAGUAAAUGAUUUUGUCUGUCAAGAUUAGUCCUGUGACACUUGUAGGACUUUUUUUUAACCAUGUGUUAGUGUUGGUACUCUUCUUUAAUCAUGUGAUGGUGUUGGUACUCUUCUUUAAUCAUGUGACAGUGUUGGUACUCUUCUUUAAUCACGUGACGGUGUUGGUACUCUUCUUUAACUCAUGUGACGGUGUUGGUACUCUUCUUUACUCAUGUGACGGUGUUGUUACUCUUCUUUACUCAUGUGACGGUGUUGGUACUUUUCUUUACUCAUGUGACGGUGUUGGUACUCUUCUUUACUCAUGUGACGGUGUUGGUACUCUUCUUUAAUCAUGUGACGGUGUUGGUACUCUUCUUUAAUCAUGUGACGGUGUUGGUACUCUUCUUUAA